AUGGAGCUGAAGCUCGAUGAAGUCAAGCUCUGGCUUGGGACAGGGGUUUGCGACUGCGAAAGUCGAAUUGAGACUCCGCGCCAGGCCCCCAGCCACUCCAGGGCGAUGCGUCCCGCUUGCAUCACGGCUCACCAGCACUGCCAAUCCCUAGCAUCCAGCGCUACCGUUGACAGCGACUCGGACAACAACUUCAUGGGAUCCUCUGAGCCGGUUAUCAUGCGCGACGCGGGCAUCCAAGAAGCCAUCCCGCCAAUCAUGCUUCUCCCAGCCGAGAUUCUACUCAUGAUCUUCUACUGGGCUAGUCGAUGUCAGCUUCAAGUCAGUGCGGUGGACUUGAUGACGAUCCAAGCUCGACAUGGCUCCGGCAGCCGUGAAGAGGAAGAAGCGCGAAAUUCGGAGUACACUACUGCAACUUCGCAACAGCUUGCCUUUGUCUGUAGCAGAUGGCGAGACGUCCUCGCAAUGAGGGGUGUCUUCUGGAAAAGUCUCGAUAUUACCAUCGACGGUGACACCUUCAUCCCAUCCAUCAUCAAAACCUUCUUCGUAGCAUCACGCACCAACGAAAUCCAAGUCAGCGUUGCCCCUCGCGACCUCACCUCCCCCUCUCUGACUCCGGCCGAAGAACAUGAACGGCUGGCGUUCAUCAUGAGACACAUGGAACCCCACCUAGAACGGCUAUCCCGACUCAGCAUCAACACAUUCUACCGGUCUACUAUAGUGAAUAUAAGCAGCUUCUUCGAUGGUGCAGCCAUGCCCAAUCUCUCCGAACUGCACCUUGUUUCGCAAGAUACAGACGACGACGCUCAUCUUAAAUGCACUGCUCUUCACUUUCCACUCAUCCAAACGCUACACAUUGAUGCGAAAAGCUUCGUUGAUCUCAUGAAGGCCGGUGUUACGCCGUCCGAGCCCCUCGGUUUAUUCGGCCCUGUGGACAAUUUCAGUUUCUCCAUCACGAAGUUUCGACCAAAUAACCCUUCCUCCGCUCCAGGCAUUGCCGAGUUCUUCGGAGCUUUGCAGCUAGUUGACAACGAUUGCGUGCUCUAUCUAAAAGUCCUCAAUGUUACGCUUGCUUCCGAAGACCCCUCGCACCAACGCCUACUACUCGAUAGCCUGUAUAGCCUCGAGGUUUAUGACCUGGAAGGCCCAGAUUUCGCAGCUUUCUUCGACAGCUUUGAAGCUCACAGCCUUGAGUCUGCCGUGGUCGCGAGGUGCAAGGCCGAAGAACGCGUGACAAUCUCCGGCCCCUACCUUCAGGUAAUAGGUGUUGAUUCUAGUUGCUCGCUACUUCGCAUGGUCCAAGACUGGUAUGGGGUAGAGCUUUCGAUUGAAGAGUGCCAAGGAUUCGACGACUGGUUUCUCGGCUCACUGGCCUUCUGCAGCGAGGAGAAGCUCUCGCGUCUUCCCUGCCCAGAGCUAGUUUAUCUCGCCCUCAUUGGGUGUACAUUUUCUGCUAGCGCGUUGCAGAGACUAUGUGAGAUGAGGCUGCAGGUUUGGCGGAAGAACACGAACAAAUCCCAUAAUCGUAUCAGGUCCAUCUCAGUGAGGGGCGGCCCGAAGCUUGACGAAAGUCUGAGGCGCUGGUUUGAAAUUAACAUGGAUACUUUCCAAUGGGAAGAGAAGGAGAUGUAGAGACGAUGUAGAGAUGCC